GUAAUCGCGUUUACGUUGCAUAACUCGCGCGCACACAGUUGUUUACCUCGGAGGGUUAUAUUUUCCCUCCGAGGUCGAACGGAAAGUAAUUCAACACGAUGAGUCUUUGGGCGAAGGAUAUUUGAAAAAUGGGGCACAACACGUUCUUUCUCCGAUCGGUUGUGACGUGGGUGAAACCAGUUUUCAAAUUUUGGUGCGAGAAGGCGUAAACGCAAGUUCGCAAAAUCCGUGUAAUUAUAUAGCCAACCGAACCCACGACGAACUUCCCGCUAGAUGAAACCGUCGAGUUUCUAAAGGUCAGAAGAAAAAUAAUGCUUCUCGGUGAUCGUUGCCCACUCGGAAAUGCGGUGAACACAGUUGGUGAUCGUGGGACGAUCCGUUACAAGGACAUUUUCGACGACAAACGAACAACAGAAAUACUUGGAAACAACCUACGGCAAUGGCGUCAGAACGAUAACGCUCAACCACUUGCCGACUAGAAACUCUCUCUCUCUUAAUAUGAUGAAGAGUUUAAUAGACAACAUUACCAAGGAUCAAAAUGACUCAACAUUGAGAUCGAUUGUCAUUCGAGCUGCACCUGGCAAGGUUUUCUCGGCCGGUUACAAUCUCAAAGAACUGAUGUCGAACAAUGAUGUGAAUUACCACAAAGAAUUUUUCGCCAUUGCUGAGAACCUCAUGCAGGCAUUGAUGCGAAGUCCUGUACCAAUAAUCGCUGCAGUUGACGGACUGGCAGCUGCUUCUGGAUGUCAAUUGGUUGCUGCGUGUGACAUUGCGGUCUGCACAGAGAACAGCAGCUUCUCUACGUCCGGGGUAAACUUUGGGAUAUUCUGUCACACCCCUGGAGUAGCCGUGGCCCGAAACGUACCCAGGAAAGUUGCUGCCCAUAUGCUGUUCACUGGAAUACCGAUUUCCGCUCAGGAAGCACUCCGGGUCGGUCUGGUUAGCAAAGUAUUACCUGAUGCCGAAAAACUAGACGCCGAAGUGGAAACAAUUGUCGGCGCAGUCAACGCUAAGAGUCACUCGGUAGUAAGUCUCGGAAAAAGCUUCUUCUAUCGGCAAAUCGACGUCGACACAACGACGGCUUAUUCUUUGGGAACAGAUGUAAUGCUGAAGAAUUCGCAGAUGAAGGACGGUCAAGAAGGCAUGCGAAGUUUUGUGGAAAAACGGAAACCGAUAUGGUCGCACAGCGACGAUAAGAACGACUGAAUAAUAUCAUCACCUUGAAAACCCCUA